UGGUAUCGAGAAGGCGCAGAGCACGACACCCGCCCAUUGACCAUUCUCCACUCUUCCAGCCGCCCAGGCGCCCGCAAUUCGACAUGUCUAUGGCCAAGAACGUUAAGACGACGGUGUUUUCGAAAUACACUGUCCAACCGACUGGUAUCUAUGCCGCCAUUAAUAGGCUCUUCGCCCUCGACCCCAAGCGGUCGACCGGUAUCCCCAUGAACCCGCAAUUUCGCAACCCACCCCCAGGAGGUCUUGACCCUAACUCCUACGACGACCCCGUCACUGUCCCUGCCGCCGAUAUCGCCGAAAAUCCUUACUGGAAGCGUGAUGUGCGACGACGAUACCCAAGGCUCUCGACAGUCACCCAGUCUGACGCGGUUGCGCUGCUCUCAGUUGGAAGCGCUGCAGCACCAAAGCAGGAGUUGAUUGGCGAGGCCGGCACCAAGCAACUUGUCGCUGCGCAAGAAGAAGGCACAAGGGGACUGGCAGUUGCAUUUGAGAAGAACACUGGGCUUGUAAAGGAUGUACUGGGUCCUGGUGGUCUUCCUCCGCUACCGAGCGGUCUUCACAACACCGGUGUUGCGGGACAGAAGCGAUACGACUUGGAGAGCGAGCAGUCAUAUGGCACAAAUUACCCGUGCCGAACGUUUGCUUGAGCAUCAGCGAGUCAGUGGUAGGUAGUCAAAGAUAAUAGAGGUUCUGUACAUAUGGAAAUUCCCCUUGUGUGCC